AUUUUCUGGCAUUCUUCACGUUUCUCUCUCACCUGCUGCUCGUCUUGGUGGUGCGUGUAAUUAUUGCACCACAUUGUGUCUUUUGGCCAAGAAAAUCUUCGGAAUCUUGCCAAAAAUCCAAGUGUUAUUUGUGUUGAUUUCGAUCUAAAUUUGUCACGAUGCCACCGAAGAAGAAAGGAGGCAAAAAGAAUCAGGACUGGGACGAUGACGAGCCCGAGCAGCCGAAGGCAGUCGAACAGCCAAAGCCGUCCGGAAAGGGCAAAGGAAAAGCGAAAGCUGUCAACGUGGAUUCCGACGAGGAGGCGGCGCCCGCCCCCAAGGGGAAGAAGUCGGCCGCUGCGGUUCCGGCGCCUGCUAAAAAGGGGGCUAAGGGUAAGAAGGGAAAGGGGAAGAACGACGACUGGAGCGAUGAGGAUGAUAGCGGCAAGGAACUGAAGCUGGGCAAGGCGGGUGAGUCGGAGGAGGAGGAAGAGGAGGUGAAGGUGGCGAAACCGGCUCAGAAGAAAAAGCAAGCGGCUAAAGGAAAGAAGGGCGGUAAGAAAGAUGACGAUUGGUCAGAUCGGGAUGAGAAGGAGAUCAAGCUGGGAGCGGCGGACUCGGAUGAGGAAGAUGCGAUGAUGAAUAGCAAGGCGAGCAAGAAGAAGGGCAAGGCAGCGAAGGUGGUGAAGAAGGUGUCGAGUGAAGAGGAGGAGGAGGAGGAUAGUGAGGAAGAGAGCGAGGAAGAGCCGGUGCCAGUUCCUGUGAAGAAUUCCAAGGGUGCUAAGAAGGGAGGAAAGGGGAAGAAGGUGGAAUCGGAAGAGGAGAGUGAGCCCGAACCAGAGCCGGAACCGGUGAAGCCUAAGCCAGAACCAGUGCCUGAGGUGAAGAAAGAAGCGAAGGAAGAGAAGAAGCAGAAAGUUCCGGAACCGGUGGUAGAACCUGAGCCUGAGCCGGAACCAGAACCAGUACCGGAAGAAGAGGUCAAGAAGGAAGAUGUGGCAGAGGAACUUGCGGACAAAGUCGAGGAGAUGGCCAUUAGCAAAGAGAAGAAACUGACGCACAAGGAGAAGAAGAAACUAAAGCAGCAGGAAGAGUUCCAGAAGCAGAUGGAAGCGAUGACCCGUAAGGGAGGUCAAGGGCAUUCCGAUUUGGAUAGUAACUUCACGAUGUCUCAGGCGCAGAAAAGUGGAAACCAGAGCAAACACAUGGAACAUGCCGUGGACAUCAAGAUUGAGAACUUCACAAUCUCCGCCAAGGGAAAUGACCUCUUCGUGAAUGCCAAUCUGCUGAUUGCGCAGGGUCGCCGUUAUGGUUUGGUGGGUCCCAAUGGCCAUGGUAAGACCACGCUGCUUCGUCACAUUGCUAAUCGGGUGUUUGCCAUUCCGCCGAGCAUAGAUGUGCUUCUUUGCGAGCAGGAAGUGGUUGCCGAUGAAAUGUCCGCCGUCGAUACGGUUCUCAAGGCGGAUGUCAAGCGGACGGCUUUGCUCAAGGAGUGCAAGGAACUCGAAGACAAAGUGGAAGCGGGAAAGAUCGAACUGCAGGAUCACCUCCAGGAAGUGUACAAUGAACUGAAGGCGAUCGGAGCGGAUUCGGCGGAACCUCGAGCUCGGAGAAUCUUGGCCGGUUUGGGUUUCUCACGUGCCAUGCAGAACCGAGCCACCAAGGACUUUUCCGGAGGUUGGCGAAUGCGUGUCUCCCUGGCUCGAGCUCUCUUUAUUGAACCUACCCUGCUGAUGCUCGAUGAACCUACGAACCAUCUCGAUCUGAACGCCGUCAUCUGGUUGGACAAUUACCUGCAGACCUGGAAGAAGACCCUGCUGAUCGUUUCCCACGACCAGAGCUUCUUGGACAACGUGUGCAACGAAGUGAUCCAUCUGGACAACAAGAAACUCUACUACUACAAGGGCAACUACUCGAUGUUCAAGAAGAUGCACGUGCAGAAGCGUCGCGAGAUGAUCAAAGAGUACGAGAAGCAAGAGAAACGAAUCAAGGAGCUGAAGGCCCACGGACAGUCGAAGAAGGCAGCGGAAAAGAAACAGAAGGAGAAUCUAACCCGAAAGCAGGAGAAGGGCAAGGGCAAGACGCAGAAGGUCGAAGAAGACGACGGACCGGUGGAGCUGCUGUCGAAGCCCAAGGACUACAUCGUGAAGUUCAACUUCCCGGAUCCGCCACCGCUGCAGCCGCCGAUUCUGGGACUUCACAACGUCAACUUCAACUUCCCCAAUCAGAAGCCGCUGUUCAUCCAGGUGGACUUCGGUAUCGACAUGAGCAGUCGCGUGGCCAUCGUCGGUCCGAAUGGAGUGGGAAAAUCCACCUUCCUGAAGCUGCUGGUUGGCGAUCUGGAACCGUGCACAGGUGAAGUCAAACACAACCACCGUCUCCGGAUUGGUCGUUUCGAUCAGCACUCGGGUGAGCACUUGACGGCGGAGGAAAGCCCGGCGGAGUAUCUUCAGCGAUUGUUCAACCUUCCCUAUGAGAAAUCCCGCAAAGCUCUAGGGACGUUCGGUCUGGCCAGUCACGCCCACACCAUCAAGAUGAAGGAUCUGUCUGGAGGGCAGAAGGCUCGAGUCGCCCUGGCGGAACUGUGUUUGAACGCUCCGGAUGUGCUGAUUCUGGACGAACCUACGAACAAUCUGGACAUCGAGUCGAUUGACGCCCUGGCGGAAGCAAUCAACGAGUACAAGGGAGGAGUCAUCAUUGUGUCUCACGACGAGCGGCUGAUCCGAGAAACCGAAUGUGCCCUGUACGUCAUUGAGGACCAGACGAUCAACGAGGUGGACGGAGACUUUGACGAUUACCGAAAGGAGGUGCUGGACAGCCUGGGAGAGGUCAUCAACAACCCCAGCAUAUCGGCCAAUGCCGCCGUGCUGCAGUAAUCAAAUCAGCUUCUGUUGUACUCGUUCAUUAUUAGCUUCUAUUUUAUCUUAUUUUGUUUACUCCAAUAAAUCUUAGUUAAGCUAGA